GGCAAAAUUCUAACAAGAAUUGCUAGCAUCAAAGAUGUUUUGGAAAGCUAUCAUGGUCGCAGUCGCUUGCCUCGCCGAAAUAUCCGCGGGAUUCCGGGGACGCAGAGCGUAUAACAUGAAGUAUCCUUACGUACCAAGGCCGCACCAUCCAGACCUCGGCUUCGCAUACGAUGACAGCAGACCGUGGAUUAUGAAAAACUGGAAAUAGUUUGUAAUUCAAACUAGUGAAUUUUCAGACAUUGAAAGGUUU